AUGGAGGACCUCUCAGAUGCCAUCCUCCGGGAAGACAUUUCCAUCCUCAGAUGUCCUUCUCCGGGUCCAACGUUCGGCGCUCCGGCAGAUCCUCGAUUGUUCGCCUCGAAUUCAAUGUACCAGUUGCCGGAAGCUGCCUACCCGACAGCGGACCAAGUGUACUUCGAUCGCCAGAUGCCGACGGUCUCUUUCGGAUUCAUACCGGAUUUAUAUGAAUGCAACGACGCGGUCCCAUCGAUCUUGGAGCCCGAUUCGUCUGCUUUCCCAUCCAACGUGGAGCCGCAGACGAGUUUUCCGAGCGGCGAUGACACUACCGAAAAACGUCCGAUUGCGGCAUCCGCAAAAGGACACAAGCGCAGACCUCUGCCGAAAGCCUUCACGUGUGCCCACUGCAAGAAGGAGUUUACGAAGAACUUCGAUUUCUCUCAGCACAUGAGAUCUCAUACUGGAGAAAAGCCCUUUCUAUGCAUUGUUUGCGGUCUCGCGUUUGCUCAGAAAUGCAACGUCAAGAAACAUCUGGUCACCCACAUGGUUUGGAAUCCCCAUCGCAUCCACGAAGAAUCUUUCACCACGACCGGACACCUACCGAAAGAGACGCUCAGAGGGAACAGCAUGGAUAAAGGAUUCGAAUGUCGCUUCUGCUCAACUACCUCCUUCGCCACCUACGCUGAUUUCAGGACUCACCUAAAAACGCACAUAUCCGAGCGGGUGUUCCGAUGUAUCCUACCAUCCUGCGGAGAAACCCCUGGGAACGCAGACGAACUCCUCAAUCAUGUGAAGCACCAUGACGUUUUCAAGGAAUAUAGGUGCACACCGUGUGAUGCAGUCUUCCCAAACCUGUACCAAUUCAGUUUCCACAACCACGCACACAGUCGGUCGGAAGAAUUGGGUCCCCAGAGGAACUCCGGGAGGCGCGCGCAAAGAUUCCAAUACAAGUGUGAGAUAUGUCAAGAACGAUUUUCAGAACCUGAAGACCUCAAGGAACAUCGCGAGUCUAAGGGCCACCUUUACAACUGCCCCCAUUGUAGCAGCCGGUUCUCGGAGGAACGGUACUUACGGCGCCACCUGGCUGUCCACGAGGCAGAAAUAGCAUUCCUCUGUGAACAUUGCGGCAAAGGCUUCAAGCUCAAACACCACUUGGCCUCGCAUAUUUUAACACACAACGAAAAGGCAUUCUCUUGUCCGAAAUGCUCUAGAGCCUUCGCUAGACCGGAUCAAGUCGUGAGGCAUGUGAAGGCUGUUCACGAGCCGCGCGCGUUCAAAUGUGGGAGUUGUUCGAAGACUUUCUCCCGCAAGGACAAGCUUCAAGAGCAUUCGAAGCAUAGAAGGACCCGGUGUCUUCCUCUCCAAGACACACUUUAACCGCGAUGCCCGUGUAUUCCAAGAUCCCCCGGAUCAAGGUUGAUUGCGAUGGGCGUCUUCCAGACUGGUGUUCACUGAUCUCAUGUGCAAUAUGCGGGGCGUACGUCCUUAUCCGUAAGGCGACGCCUCAGGACGAAUGGCGAUGCCGCUCAAUAAAUCGAU